GGGCUUUUCAAUGUUCAGUCUCUCUCUCCACAAAUCAGACUUUCACCAUGAACGCGCCAGACCCGUUUGAGACCAUGGUCCUUGGUCCAGAUGAGCGAAAGAUUGUGUGCGUGAGAGACUCGCGCAACCCGUCCGCCGCAGUCAUCACAGUCAACAAGGAGGACCACACACUGGGCAACCUGCUCCGCGUCCAGCUGCUUCGCGAUCCCAAGGUGCUCUUCUCGGGCUACCACGUCCCGCAUCCACUGCAGUCCAAGUUUGUGUUGCGAGUACUGACGGUCGAGGGCUACUCACCCAUCGAGGCGGUCUCGGGCGCUUUCAACGACUUGAUAUCGGAAAUGUCGCUGCUAGAAGAGCGAUUCCGCACCGAGCUGAAUAAUCACCAAAAUCCUCAAGCUGCAUCGCACUUUUGAGCAGCAUUCGUUGUUCUGCAGUGGUUUUCGUCGUUUUCGUUAUGUCAUGUGUGUGCGAGUGGCACAAGGUUUUUUUUUCUUGUCUGGUUGCAGUUGGUUUCAUUGUUUGGACCUUGAGCAUUUUUCUCUGAAUGCUUUUAUUUUUCAACUUCAACAAGCAACCCUACGAUUGGGAACGAUUUGUCGCCGAGUACUGCAAAUUGUUGGACUUUGGUGCAAAGCACAUUCAGUACUGGACCAAGCAAUCCUAUACACUUU